UUGGAAGUAGGUGACAAAAAGGGGAGACACUUGGAAGCAGGACGCGAAGGAUUUCUUUUAUACAGAAAAACAUUGAUUGCUUUUAUGAACUUCAAUGUGGGGGGGCCCCCGGGGUCUUCUUUACAACAGAAGGCGUGCUAGGUCUUGACCAGACUUGGCUCAAGUGCUACACGAUGGGUCUGAUCCAAGGAUAUUGAACAGAGCCUUUGGAUGCUGCGACUCCCAUGGGUGCUGAGGCUUCAGUCUUGUUCUUGCCUUGUGAGGAGCUCACUGACUGGCAUCUCUUAGAGGGUCACUGUCAAAGCUGUGUGCAACAUCACUGCGUCCGUCUCUCCUUCGCGUCUCUCUCGCGCUCAGAGCUCUUCCAAGUGUGGAAAGGAUGGGCCACUUCAGUCGUCCGGAACCUGCCGUCAUCACGUGGAGCUCUGAAAGUGGUACUGGUGCUUGGCACCAACGACUCCCUCUUUACGCGGAACGAGAUUCUAGAACUUUGCGAAGCACUCCGUGGUGUGACCCAACGGAAGAUGCUCAUCAAGUAUCUUCGAUUCGCCCAGCUGCAAGGGAACAACUUCAAUCCGGACGAGGGUGGUGUGGAUGAGCUUUCUGCGGACUUAUUGGCAUUGAAUGCCUGGACAGAUGCUCCCUACUACUUCUACAAGAGGGCCAGUCAAGGAUUCUUGGCCUUCAGCGACUAGGGCGACGAGAUGCCUCGGCCGCGACCAGCGCUGGGGGUGCGCCGGGCGCCAUCGAGAAGCGGCCACUGCGACGCUGUGGAGGACGAGGACCACGGAGGUGCACCGAGGCGUUGAAUCUGAGACUGGCCGCCGUGGUGCCGAGGGCUGCGGACUUGAGCUGCG